AUAUGUGGUAGUAUGUUGUUGACAUUUCUUUGGUUUCAAACAGUGUAAAGUGUACACCCAUGAUGCAUUUGAGUAAUACAUGUCUUAUUAUUCAUGCAGAAGUCUGUCACAGUUUCCUGUCUCAAUCGUUCAUUAAAGGCUAAAGAAAUAUUCCAUAAAUAAAUAUCAAAACGAGCACAAGCUUGUGGCUAACAUUAGUUUUUUGCAAACCAGAUGAAUAAUUGAGUAAAGUUGAUGUGAAAAUAUCUCCGUAAUUGAAAACAGUAAGAUCCAUAGAAGUUACGAAUGAAAUGCCAUUGUUGACGGGAUUCCAUAAAAAAUGAUAGUUGUUGUUGUUACUGAUGUUGGUGCGCAAGUGUUGGUGUCAAGUUGAGCCAUGUAACAGGCAAUCCAAAAUAAAAACAACGAAAAACAACAACCAUAAACCCAUAACACGAAUACGCGCACAUAGUUUUGCGAGUGUACAAAUGCAAGAAUGAACAAGCUAGAGGGAUACAAAGGCAAACAACAGUGAUGGUGGUAACACUACCGUGAAGCGCAGUGUUGUACAUAUUUAGCUUCGUUUUUCAUAGUAUUUUUUUAUUCGUGUAUUCAUUGGACAAUGCUAUUUUUGAGAGCAAAAUAAUUUAUUUGUUUACCAUUUGGCUCGUCAUUUGGGGGAUUUCUUCUCCUUAGAACAUAAAAUAAACAGAAUAAAAGUCCAAAUCAACGACCUUAUAACGCAAUGUUUGAACAAUCCGCAUCAAUAAUAAAAAUUAUAAACAAAAUAGAAUGAAAUAUAAUUUUUUUUCAAGUUUAUCACGGAAUAUACUACAUAUAUGCUAACAUAUAUCGGCUGUAUAACAAAAAAAUGAGUAAAAAAAGCAUAAGAGUAAAAAAAAAUUCAUAAUCUAUAUAUAAGAUUAUUGCUAAUCUACACACGAAUAUUUAGACGAAGAAGAAAAAAACAUACACACAUAUAAAGUUUCAUUGGAAAAAAAAGCGGAAAAAGUGAGUAGUAAGGAUGGCGCUAUCAAAUUCGGCAUUGUUGAGGCCGCAGAGUAUUUUGCAACAACUAUUGGAGGAGAUCAAUUUUCAGCGAGCCAAAGAAAUGCGACAAAUGCUAAAAGAUGAUGGCGGAUUUGUGAUGCUGCAGGGAACAACAUACUGGACUGAUUUAUUUGUGCGUCAUUUUUUAUUCCAAGUUGAAACGGAACAAAGCAUCGACUCGGAUGAUUUACUAUUUUUCGUGCGAAAAAAACAUGUGAAAGGUUCAUCAAGGCACAUGCCAAAAUUUGAAACUGAUGUCGAUGUCUAUCGCAAAGAUUCACGAAAACUACCAAUCGGUGAUCCAGAUGUUGAUUGGGAAGAAACGGUUUAUUUAAAUUUAAUUAUUCAUCAAUUUAACUAUACGCUUACGUUGGCCAUUUGUACACGUACAUCACCGAAAGAGCUGCAAGUACUGCGGCGUCAUUCGCAACGCGUGUAUGCAUCACCGAGCCGCCGAAAAAUGGACACGAAGGGUGAUGGCGAAGAGAUGACUUAUCCGCACAUUUGUUUUAUGGUGGACAAUUUUGAUGAAGUAUUUUGUGACAUAAUGGUUCGUGAUGGUGAGAUGGUUUGUGUAGAGUUGGUGGCAAAUGACCGUGAUGGGACGGUGCAAGGUGUUAUCUUCUUAGGAUCGAUUCGAUAUGAUGCACUGAAAAGAGUAUACGAUGCAAGACAAUCAAGCAUAAGCUCUAAAUUAGCACAAAGAAUGACGUUUGGCUUGUUCAGCGGUGCUGGUCCUCAAACGCGAUGUGAAUUCGUGCGGAUGAAGGGACCACAGGGAAAAGGACAUGCUGAAAUGGCUGUAACUAAACCAAAAGGAUCUGGCGUUGAGACGCCCACCAGUGAACCGGGAUUUUGUAUGACUGAUAUGUAUGACGAAUGGGAUGAAGAUCCGGAUGAUUUUCUGAAUUAUCGCCAUCAGCGGCGUCUUAGUGACCCAAGUGCAAAUUUAAAUAAUUACAACCGUUUCGGUUGGAAAACCAAACCAACACCAGCCAAUGAUCAGACUACGAAAGCAAUGUCGCAAAAUGAAGGUUUAGAUAGUUUGGCCAGCGAGGUGUCCGAAAUUGAAGCUGGUGACUUGAAAGACGAUGGUCUGAGAUCUGCUUCCCCAAACAAAACCAGCGUCAAAUUAAAUCGACAUAGUGCAUCGAUGGUUACGACGACUACUACGGCGGCAGCAGUAGCAACAAUAACACCACCACCAUCACCACCACCAUCACCAUCACCAUCACCACCAACAACAACAGCAAAAACACCAACAUGUUGCAACUGCUUUGGCCCAUUGAGGAAUCAAUGGGGUGAUGAUGACGCAAUAUCGAAUCAAAUGUCUGAAAUAUACUGUCGCACAUGCGAUGAGGAUGAUCACGAGGUCGUGCAUAUACCGAAAAAUCGAUACGAUUCACCGGCCAUCCUCACCAACGUCACAAAACGGACAAUUCAAAGAAACAAAAGCCGAGGCCGGGCCAUUCAACCAAAAGUCCAUUCUCAAACAAAAAUGCCAAAUAUUACAGCUAUAAUAAAUGUCGACAAAAAAGUGCAUGAAGAAAUUAUCGAAAAUAACAAGAAUAAUUCAGAGGAUUUUGAGCUCGGCGAUGAUAUAGUUAUAUCUAGUGAUAGAAUGUUCGAUGAUUCCAAUUCAAGUACAUCAAAAGCAACGCGAAAUAUGAUUGACACAAAUGAAAUGAUCCGAGUAGUUCGUGGAAAGGAAGAGUUACCAGUUUCAUCUGAAGUGCAAGCUGAACCCAUUCAGCAAUUGUGCCAAAGUUUUAAUACGCAAUCGAACAAUAAAUUAGAUGAUCACAAAACAAACGAAAUGAAUUCGAAAAUCCAACUACCAGAUAAAGUGAUUUGCACACAUGACCAUCCAUUAAUUCUGCACGAUAAUAAGAUGAAUUCAAAUGAAAGCGCCGAAUCAAAAGCAGAACACAGUCAAACCCAAAUCAAUAACGUGACUGAUGACUGUAAUACUAAUAAUAAUAAUAAUAAUAAUUAUAAUAAUCAAUCAAUGACAGUGUCAACGUCAAUAUUAGAGAAACAAUCAAUUCUCAAGCGAAUGCAUCGAAUGUACUCAACAUUACCGAAAAUGAAGAAAGUAUCAACGGUUCAAGCUGAAACAACAAAUUGUUGUCCAUAUUCAAUUCCAUCGCGAACCACAGUUGAUGGCACCACAAUUUAUUACAUGUGCGAUAUUUCGAAAAAUGUGAUAAAAGAAUUGGAUGAUGGUGUUUCUAAUCCACUGUGGGCUAGCAGAGGAUUUACGCAAACAUUUCAUUUUUGGAAAGAGCAUCGGCGACAACAGUCAGUGCCGUUGAAUGCAUUUUUAACGUACAUAACAUUGCCUUGGUGGAGCAUUGCUAAAGAUCUAUUGGAUCAUCGUGAGACCCCUAUACUAACCUUCUAAAAAUGUUGGACGAUAAAACGAGAUUAGCUUGAGCUGCCUACGGCAAUACAUGUGCCGGAAUUUUGUAUUGUUUUUCCACCUAAGCCGUUUUUAAUGAGUUUCUGAAUCCCCAAAGGCUAUAUUAUAGAUAGUAAUUUAUUUAUUUUUAUAUGAUCGUAAAAUAAACACAUGCAAACUAGUCUCGCAAAAAACGUAAAAAAAAAAAUUUCGCGGUAAUGUAAUUGUAUUCGCUAUUUUUUCGGUAUUUUUGGUGAUUUCAAACAAAAGCAAACCCACUUCACUUUUAGAUGUUCAAACUUAUGACUAACAAUAAUGAAAAAAAAUAUGAAUUUGAAAUCUUCACCAAAACAAAGUUUUAUUAUGAAAAUUGAUGUAAAUGUUGGUAUUUGUGAUUUUCAAAGAAUUAAAAAUGUAUUUUAACUCCCUCA